CUCUGGUAGACCCAUAAGCUUCUCCCUAAAACGAGGGACCGCUGCUAGGCCUAUAACCGUUCCUGAUAGCCCUCGGGUCUCCUCUGGGAAGAUGGGAGAUACUUCACCGGUGGUGAUUGAUCUCACCGAAGAAGAUGUGGAGUCCUCCAGCAUGCCGCAGGCGUCAAAAACGGUGUCCCACCAGACAGCGAUCACGGUUGCUCCAGUUGCACCAAUGGCAAUCAACCCGGGCCCAUCAACGGAGAGGAGCCAACAGAUUGUUGCGAGUGCUCCGGCCCAGCCUCCAUCAACCCCCGCCGUCGCCGCUGCAACUCCACAACAGACCCCGAAUCCGGUAGAUGUGGUAGAGCAGCCUCUGAGCGAUGCCUCCAUGGAAAUUGAUUCUUCGAGACCCCCGUCUCCCGAAGAGCCAGCUGUACGAAGCGGUAAUUCUUCACCUCCCUAUAGCCCACCACCAGCGUUUCCGGAGGAUCUGUCGAUGCCACCUGUUGCAGUUACCAACGUUCAGGCACUCGACAGUGUAUCUCAUGUGAUUUCGGUUUUGUCCGACCUGAACUGCAUUUUCUGUAGCAAGAAAUGGCACGAGACUACGGACCACACCUUUAUUCCUCGCCAGACAUCACCAGAUCAGCCACCAAGUGAACCUCUGGCACCACCAACAUUAUUUGACGGUCAAUCAACGCCAUUGGGUGCAGGGUUGGCACGGUGGGGUCCUAAGCCGUCGCCUUCUCUGGCGAUUCCGCCCAGGCCAAAGACUUGGGCUUCGCGUAGUGAUACCACGCGGGCGACCAAAAGACCAUCUGGUGAAGCUAUAGAGCCACCGCCAAUCAAGAGGGCUAUGACAGCGGUAGAUCUGGUGAUGCAAAAAUACAGCAUGCAGCCAAUUGCAAGAACCACAUCAGCACCGGCCCCGAUCCGAUCACCACCUGCUGCUGCUACUACUAAUGAUACGUCAGCGGUGGACAAAUCAGUCACCAGCCCGAUUAGCCGGCGUUCUCUUUCCGGGCAAGAGAAGUUGCCAGGAAACACCAAACAGAAGCAGUUGUCGGUGGCGGCAAAACCCUCACCCCCAAGACUAGCCACCUCGGAGUGGCGGCCUGGGUGCAAGCUGCAGCCUGCGUCUUCUACCACUUCUCCCUUAUCAGCUGUGAAUAGUCAGUUUCCAGGACGGGUUGGUUCUACUCCAACAUAUAUCGCCACGGGAAAAACCGCUCGAAAGUCUGCGCCAGCGAGCAAAGAGCCGCGGAGUGGGCCUGCGAUGAAACGGGCUGGACGACUGGUGUAUGCGCAGCCGAACCCGACGGACUCGGAAGAUUCGGUUGAUGAAUUCACAGGUUUAAAGGACGAAAACGCCAGGUUAAAAGAGCAACUACGGCAACAAAAAGACUAUACGAAGCGCCAGAGCGAAUUGGCAUCGCGCCAGAGGGCGAAAACUCGGGUGCUAGAGAGAGAGAUCACCGAGCUCAAGAGAGAUAAAUGUGAGCGGGAGAACAAGUUCAACAGGCUACUCAAGUUAUCUCCCACCGACGGGCACGUUCCGAUGCGUACCAUCAUCGACACAAUUGACCUUGCCCAUCAGGCGGAGAUCACGCUAGUUGCUCGUCGUCCUCCUUUGAAGAAGGAGAUCUUCGCCGACGAUGAUUUCUUGGACAGCGCUUCUGACGAGGAGCCCUCGCCGAAGCCCGCACUACAUUACAAGCCGAGGGAGAUGAGCUGGAGAAAAACAAAGUACAGCGCACUGGACAAAUCACGGCUGAUGAAAGUCCAUCUGCACCGUGAGCGUGAGCCUGUGCGACCACCGGUGCGUCGUGAGACCAACGCGGUAAUGAUCCAUUAUGACCCCGAAGAGCCUGCAACGGUCACCGACAGCUCGACACCGGUCACGUCGAUCAUCCGUUACCGGCACCCGGCGCCAAAAACCCUCGAAGAAAUCUUUGGUCUUCCAGAGGAGCCAAUCCCAGUGCUCAGGGAUGGGACUUUGUGCUACAAAUCUGGUGUCAUUAACCAACGUAGCCGCCUUCCAGACCGUAAUGCGCCGUGCUUCAAAGUUUACGGCCCGAGGGAUCUGCAGAGCUAAACUUGUCUCGCUCCAGACUUGUCGCACGGAACAUCAGGGCUUGUUCCUUGGCCAAUAUCACUACCGCC